CUUCCCCCCCAUCAUCACAACUUUUCUCCCAGCGACCUGACAACCAUAUCAGGAUUUUUCUUCCAACCCGCGCAACUCCUACCCUCCUUUUUACUUUUGCGCGACACAAUCCAGAAGAUCCAUCUCGACAGAGACCUUUCUUCCCUUGACGCCUUUCUCGGACAGACCGCCGACCAAACAUUGCCUUUCCCCCCUCCUCCUGACGGUCGGCAAGAAAAUACCACUCAACAAUCACAUCAACCCAAGCAACCGCAAAGAUGGCUGAUCGAUACAUCCCCGAACAUCGCCGCACCAACUUCAAGGCGAAGAGCACCUUCAAGCCUGAGGAGCUUCGUCGUCGCAGAGAGGAGCAGCAGGUUGAGAUUCGCAAGGCGAAGAGAGAGGAGAACUUGGCCAAGCGUCGUGGCAUCGGCUCUGGCGAGAACAGACCCGGCGCUUCCCUCGGAGCCGCUCCUGACAGCGAUGACGAUACCGCUCCUACUGAAUCUCAGCUUAAUGAGGAUCUCCCCCAGAUGGUUCAGGGCGUCUUCUCAGAGCAGAUUGACCUACAGAUCCAAGCGACCACCAAAUUCCGAAAGCUGUUGUCCAAGGAGCGCAACCCUCCUAUCGAAGAGGUCAUCAAGACCGGCGUUGUCAGCCGCUUUGUAGAGUUCCUCCGAUCGCCUCAUACACUCGUCCAAUUCGAGGCCGCCUGGGCGUUGACCAACAUCGCUUCCGGUUCCGCCACGCAGACUCAGGUUGUCAUCGAGGCUGGUGCAGUCCCCAUCUUCGUCGAGCUCUUGGCUAGCCCUGAGCCCGAUGUGCGUGAACAGGCUGUUUGGGCCCUGGGCAACAUCGCCGGUGACAGCCCUCACUGCCGCGACUACGUCCUCAGCUGCGGUGCCCUGAAGCCUCUCUUGGCCCUUCUCGGAGACAGCCGUAAGCUUAGUAUGCUCCGCAACGCCACCUGGACCCUCAGCAACUUCUGCAGAGGCAAGACCCCUCAGCCCGACUGGAACACUAUCGCCCCCGCUCUUCCUGUGCUUUCUAAGCUUGUCUACUCCCUUGACGACGAGGUUCUGAUCGACGCCUGCUGGGCCAUCUCAUACUUGUCUGACGGAUCCAACGACAAGAUCCAGGCCGUCAUCGAGGCUGGUAUCCCCCGCCGCCUCGUCGAGCUCCUCAUGCAUGCCUCCACCUCCGUUCAGACGCCCGCUCUCCGCUCCGUUGGUAACAUUGUCACUGGCGACGAUGUUCAGACGCAGGUGAUCAUCAACUGUGGUUCUCUGCCUUGCCUCCUCUCGCUUCUCAGCUCCAACAAGGACGGCAUUCGCAAGGAGGCUUGCUGGACCAUUAGCAACAUCACCGCUGGAAACUCCGCCCAGAUCCAGUCGGUCAUUGACGCCAACAUCAUCCCCCCUCUCAUCCACCUCCUGUCGAAUGGCGACCUGAAGACACGCAAGGAGGCCUGCUGGGCCAUUAGCAACGCGACAUCAGGAGGCCUGCAAAAGCCGGAACAGAUCCGCUACCUGGUCGCUCAGGGCUGCAUCAAGCCUUUGUGCGAUCUGUUGGCCUGCCCCGACAACAAGAUCAUCCAGGUUGCUCUGGAUGGUUUGGAAAACAUUCUCAAGGUCGGCGACCUGGACAAGCAGGCCGCAGGCGAGGGACCCGACUCUGUCAACCGUUACGCUUUGUUUAUCGAGGAGUGCGGUGGCAUGGAGAAGAUUCACGAUUGCCAGACCAACGCCAACGAGGAGAUCUACAUGAAGGCGUACAACAUUAUCGAGAAGUACUUCUCUGAUGAGGAGGAGAACGCGGACGAGGGUAUGGCCCAGGGCACCGGUCCCAACGGUACCUUUGGAUUCGGCACCAACGCCGCUCCCCAGCAGGGUGGCUUCAGCUUCGCCAAUGGCGGCGAUUCAAUGGACAUGUAAAGUACCAAAUUGCCAGCGACCUUCGAAAAUUCCGUUUGCUGGUUCAGCAACUUGCCAACAUUGGAUCAAUAUCCCGUCAACCCCAUAUUCCCCAAUCCACAGCACCCACCGUCACCCAUGCCCUUUUUGUCAGCGACGCAUUAUGCAUCUUGCUAGGCUGACAGUUUUACAACACCCCCAACACAUACACACAACACGUGCAAUCGGCGUUCUCUAAUAUGGCUUGAUGGAAACGAUUGAAAGACAUUCCCGGUGAGGAGAAGACAGGUCCUUUGGUAGCUUCAAAGCUCCAGCCUAGGAGAGGAAGAGAAAAGGCGGUGGACACGGGCCAAGGAACGAAUGACGAGGCUCAGUUGGCACGGGUGACAGGUCUGCCGCCUCGCCGCUUCAGAGCUGUAGGUCGGGAUCUGGCUCGUCAUGAAAGCCAAAUCUGGCCACUCAGGCGGACUUGUGCACCGUGGGAGAGACUGGCCACAUUGGCGCAACAUCUCGCCGCAGAAACUGCACCUGUAGGAGACGAGCUGAUUGAUGCUAGUGCAUCUCAACUCGGGAGACAGGCCUGAGAGCCACAUGGAUAGCUCCCCAGAACCAAGUGGUAACUGGCUCACAGCGUUCAUAGUCAACUUUCUGCAAUAGCGGGCAGUAGUGGAAAUCAACGUCAAAUUCAUGAACA